AUGGCGACGCGCCACACUGAUUACGAUCGUAGACGCCAUUCCCCGCGCCGAGACCGUGACCGCGACCGCGGAGAUCGUGUAGACCGCUAUGGCGAGGGACGAUUUAGAGACGACCGUGACCGCCGGGACCGCCGCGAUGACCGGAGGGAGCCAGACCGGAGAGAGCGGGACCGCGACACGUACCGUCGACGUUCGCGCUCUCCGCCGCCUCGCCGCCGCGACCGAUCUCGAGACCGUGGCGACCGUGGUGUAGACCGUGGAGACAGCUACAGGCGCGAGCGCGAUCGCGAUGGCGACAGGGACAGGGACAGGGACAGGCGUCGCCGCUCCACUUCUCGCCGGCCUGGUUCUCGUUCCUCGGUCACACCGGCACCUGGAUUCGACAGCUACAGGCGCGAUGACAGGCGCGACGACAGGCGCGAUCGACUGGAGCCUUCCUCGCGCGACGAGAGGAAGAAAGAUCCCGAGACACAGGUCAAGGACAAGCUCGCUGACCGCGCUGCGAAGCUGGCCGAGUGGAAGAAGCUCAACGCCGAGCGUCUGGGCAAGGAGAAGACGGAUACGCCUGGCUCUGGUGCUUCGCCAGCUGUUACUGCGCCUGCAACACCCUCGGCUGCUGCGACACCUCCGCCGGCCCCAGUGGCUGAAGCCAAGCUUGAUACCGCUAAGACCAAAGCUGUUCUACAGAAGAGCGCUACUGAGAAACUCAAACAGAAGCAGCCCGAGAAGUCGACCUUCAGGCUGGAUGCUUCCGCCGCAGCACGCCCACUAGAUAUGGCCAAGCCUGCUGGAAAGACUGUCACCGCUAGUAAACCCCCCGUUGCUAAGGCUAAUGGUAACAUUGGUGCUUUCGGUCUCAAGACUAAGACUGCCGCUGAGACCGAAGAGGAGACUUCUAGAAAAGCCCUGCUCGACGAGGAAGGCCCCACCAAAAAGCGCAAGCUCCAGGCUCUCCCCGAGUUUACCACCAACGACGAACCCGAGCCUGAGGCUGACGGCGCUGACCACGACUCCGAGAUGAGUGGAAUCGGCAGUGACGACGAAGAGAACAACGCCGAGCUCCAGGCUCGCCUUGAGAAGCGUCGUGCGGAGAUCGCCAACGAGAACCAAGAAGACGCAACCAUGGGAGAAGCAUCUGCUGUCGAAGCCCCCGCCGACGACAAGAUGGAAGUUGACGAAAAUGCAGGCGCCCAAGAAGAUGAAAUCGACCCUCUCGAUGCCUUCAUGGCCGAUCUCUCUGAGCCACAACCAAGCCGUGGGGCUCCUUCGGGUCAAGCUAUGUUUGCUGACGAGCUUGAGCCUGUCGAGACCUCUGUCGAGGCUGAAGACCUUCUCGCCCUUCGUGCUGCAAAGAAGAAGAAGAAGGAGGUGCCCACCGUCAACCACGAUAAAGUUGAGUACGAGCCAUUCAGGAAAAACUUCUACACUGAACCCUCCGAAGUUGCACAGAUGACACCUGAAGAAGUUGCCGAUCUGCGUCACGAACUUGAUGGUAUCAAGGUCAAGCCGGAUGAUGUACCCCGUCCCGUCACCAAGUGGGCCCAGAUGGGCCUGCUGCAAGCUACCAUGGAUGUAUUCACUAAGAUCGGCUAUGAGAGGCCCACGGGUAUCCAGUCUCAAGGUGUGCCUACAAUCCUCUCUGGUAGGGAUCUUAUCGGAGUAGCCAAGACUGGUUCUGGAAAAACACUCGCCUUUGGUAUCCCUAUGAUUCGUCAUGUCCUUGACCAACGCCCUCUGAAACCUACUGAUGGACCCAUUGGAUUGAUCCUCGCCCCAACUCGAGAGCUGGCACUCCAGAUUGUCAAUGAGCUCAAACCAUUCCUCGCUGCAUCGGGCGUUACGAUCAAGUGUGCUUAUGGCGGCCAACCCAUCUCCGAUCAAAUCGCUAUGAUUAAGCGUGGAGGCAUCCAUAUCUUAUGUGCAACCCCAGGCAGAAUGAUUGAUCUGACAAACGUCAACCAAGGCAGAGUGCUUUCUUUCCGACGUAUCACAUAUGUGGUCCUUGAUGAAGCUGAUCGUAUGUUCGAUAUGGGCUUUGAGCCUCAAGUCAUGAAGAUUCUUGCGAAUGUACGCCCUGAUCGUCAAACUGUCCUCUUCUCAGCAACUAUGCCGAAGAACAUGCAGUCCUUGGCUCGCAAAGCACUGCAUGAUCCAGCCGAGAUCACCAUUGGUGGCAAGAGCAAGGUUGCUCCCGAGAUCACUCAGGUCAUCUCUGUCGUCCCGAAUAGUUAUGAGAAGAAGGUUCACAAGACGCUGCUAUAUCUUGGUCAGCUGUUCUCUGAAGAUGAGAAUGCCCAGGUGUUGAUCUUCACUGAGCGACAAGAGACAGCUGAAGACCUCUUGUCCAAGCUUUACAAGUCUAAGUAUUUCUCUGUCAACACGAUACAUGGGGCCAAAGAUCAGACCGAUCGUAACGAAGCGAUCAAUGACUUUAAGCAAGGUGUUCUUUCUAUUCUUAUUGCCACAUCUGUAGCAGCUCGUGGUCUUGAUGUACCUGGACUGGCCAUGGUACUGAACUUCGACUCACCUACCCACUUGGAAGAUUACGUGCACCGUUGCGGACGUACCGGUCGUGCUGGUAACAAGGGCACAGCCAUCACACUCAUCGAGAACCCCGGUCAAGAGCGCUUCGCACUCCACAUUGUCAAGGCACUCAAGGAGAGUGGUACAGAAGUACCCCCAGAGCUUCAAGAAAUGGCUAACACGUUCCAUGAGAAGGCCAAGGCAGGUACCGAGAAGUACUACGGUGGUUUCGGAGGUAAGGGUCUUGACAAGCUUGAUGCAGCACGUGCUCUUGAGAAGAAGCGCGAGAAGCGUCAACUCAAGCUCGAAGGCGUUGACGAAAGCGACGAGGAGGAGGAGAUUGCGCCGAUCAUUAAGAAGCCUGAAGUUGCUGGUCCGGGUGUCGUCAAGGCCGCUGACCCCGCUGCAGCUGACGCCGAGGAUCAACCACACUGGAUGAAGCUCCUAAACAGUAAGAUUGUGGUUAGCAAGACCGAACGCCCUGAAGCUUCUGCUUCUGGCAAGCCGAUGACCGCGCGCGAGCGAGCAAUGGCCGCUGCUUCCAAGGUUGACGGAAGACUGAGCAAGAAGGGUAUGAUACACGCAGGUCAGCCCAUCGACAACAAAGGCCCAGAUGCUGGUCUUUAUCACUCGACUAUCGAAAUCAACGACUUCCCUCAGAAAGCUCGAUGGGCCGUCACCAACCGCACCAACGUCGCCAAGAUUCUGGAACAAACUGGUGUCUCUAUCACGACCAAGGGUAACUUUUACCCAGCUGGCAAGCAGCCUGGUGAGACUGAUCUUCCUAAAUUGUACAUUCUUGUUGAGGGCGAUACCGAAAACAUCGUCACACAGGCUAUGAUGGAGCUUACCCGUCUUCUACGUGAGGGGACAAUUGCAGCCGAGGACGCAUCUGCGACUCGCGGACCGACUGGGCGUUAUUCGGUUGUCUGA